AGUUGCAAUCGAAAAAAUAUAAAAUGAUUAGAUUGAUUUGUAUACUGCUUUUCAUGUGUAACUAAACGUUAAUGAAUUAUCUGCAGAUACGGUCCAAAAAAUAUUUAAUUUUUUUUUAAAACACUUUUUUUAAAACCAAUUUGUUUUAUUAAUUUAGGUUUAAUUUCUGGAUCCGCAAUUCGGAUAAUAUUUUUUAUGGACUUCCACGUUAUUUAAGUCACGUCUCAGAAAGCCGAUUAGUGGAUCCCUUAGACAUUGGGAUUAGUGGAUUCCCCCCGGUAUCAACUUGAAAUCACUGAUUGAAAUCAUUACCCAUAUUUUAGUCUGUGCGCAAUCUUCCACCCAUGCAGUUGCAGUUUUUAGAAAUAUAAAAUGAGCAGAUACAUUUUAUCACUGCUUACGCUAUGUGGCUUUAGCUUUCUUAUAAUAUCUGCAGAACUAAAUCCUGCGGAUUCCAAGUACUGGAUCGUUGGCGGCGUUCCCGCGGGUCCAGGAGAGUACACCCCGGCAGCUCGCCUUGGUCAUCGGAGCUAUAAGCUGAACCAAACCAAUUGGUUCUGUGGUGGCACAAUAAUUAGUGAUCGCGUGAUUCUGACAGCUGCCCACUGCUUUUACUCAGAUGCGGGAUCCGUGAACAUAGUGCGCUUGGGAGAGCUAGUUUUCGACAGCGACAAGGAUGACGCCCAGCCGGAGGACUUUGAGGUCCUCGAAACUAAGGCCCAUCCUGAUUUUAAGUACCCUGUGCUCUACAACGAUAUUGGGAUUGUGCGCUUGGAUGGAGAAAUAAGAUACAACCGAUACAAGUUGCCUGCAUGUCUGCCCUUAAGCAACGGAGACUUGGUAGCCUCCUUCACCGCCAUCGGCUGGGGUCAGAUCACAUUUUCCAGAUUCGAACAGUCCAAGGAACUGCGGAAGGUGGUGCUCAGCAACUUUGGUAGCGUGUGUGGGAGCACAACAGAUGCAAACGAAGAUAUUCCCCAAGGAUAUAGGGCGGACUCCCAGUUGUGUGUUGGAUCGCCGGAUCAUAAGGACACUUGCAAUGGCGACUCGGGAGGAGCUCUGCUGAUUCCCUUCAAGGGAGACGGGUGCGAGUUUCAAAUUAUGGGCAUCACCUCAGUGGGCAUUGCCUGCGAUACUCCAAACACUCCCAGUUUGUACACCAGGGUUCAUUUCUUUCAGGAUUGGAUUAAAAAAGAAUUGUACAAUGUUGAUUCCUAGAUAACAAACUAAAGAAAGCAGCUUUAAGUUCUCUUGUUUUUACGUUUUAUUUGUUUUGUGUGGUUCCGCUAUGUGUGAUUUCGUUUUUGCAUUUUGUUUUACAAUUAUAAUUUUACAAUAGUCUCAACUAAAUAAAUAAUAACAAUUUAUAAAUAUAA